CAAUUUGACGAAUUCAAUUUUGGAGAGAAGCUUCGAUUUUGCUUGUUUAAACUGGUAAGAAACGUACAUAUGCGUCAAACACUAAACACAGAGAUUUUUCUUUUGCUAUAAUCUUGAAGAAACAAUGAAUCAGAGGAGGACUUUGUUUUCAAUCCUCUGUUUUUUCCUCAUAAGCUUCGGUGUUGCUUCAGUUUCAGCACAAACAUGCACGACGGACAAGGGGACUUUCAGACCCAACAGUACUUACGACGUAAAUCGCCGUCUCAUCCUUUCUUCUCUUCCUUCAAAUGUCACGGAUCAAGACGGCUUAUACUACAACGGUUCCAUAGGACAAGAACCGAACCGUGUCUACGCAGUUGGGAUGUGCAUCCCGGGAUCAACUUCAGAUGACUGUUCUGAUUGUAUCAAGAAAGCGUCUGAUGAAUUUUUAAAUAAUUGUCCUAACCAAACAGAAGCGUAUUCAUGGCCAGGUGAGCCAACGCUUUGCUAUGUGCGGUACUCCAACACUUCUUUCUCAGGAUCUGCAGAUCUGGACCCGCGCGUACUGCUCUUCAACACUGGAGUUAUACGCUCAAAUCUAACAGAGUUCACGGCAAUUUGGGAAGGACUAAUGGGUCGUAUGAUUGCUACAGCCUCCACAGCAAAAAGCACACCAUCGUCUAGUAAUAACCAUUACUCAGCUGAAGUUGCAGCCUUGACAACUUUCGAGGAUAUGUACGCAUUGAUGCAAUGCACGCCAGAUCUUUCUAUUCGUGAUUGUGAAAAUUGUCUGCAGCGAAGCGCAGGUGACUACCAGUCAUGCUGUAGUCAAAAUCGAGGAGGUGUUGUUAUGAGACCAAGCUGCUUUUUGCGCUGGGAUUUGUAUACAUAUUCUAACGCUUUUGAUAAUAUUACGGUAGCUUCUCCACCUCCGGAACCUCCUGUGACUGUGCCACAAGGCCCCCAACCUGCAGGUGAUCAAGCCAACACGACCGACAAUGAUAGCAAAGGAAUCUCAGCUGGAGUUGUUGUGGCGAUUAUCGUUCCCACUGUUAUUGUCAUCUUGAUACUGCUGGUUUUAGGAUUUGUUCUUUUCCGAAGAAGAAAAUCCUACCAAAGAACUGAGAUUGAAUCUGAAAGUGAUAUUUCAACUACCGAUUCAUUGGUAUACGAUUUUAAGACAAUUGAAGCUGCAACUAACAAGUUUUCAACAAGUAAUAAGCUUGGUGAAGGUGGAUUCGGUGCGGUUUACAUGGGUAAGCUUUCUAACGGAACUGAAGUAGCUGUGAAGCGACUGUCGAAAAAGUCAGGACAAGGCACAAGGGAGUUCAGGAACGAGGCUGUUCUUGUGUCAAAACUUCAACAUAGGAAUCUGGUUAGACUUCUUGGAUUCUGUUUGGAAAGAGAGGAACAGAUUCUGAUCUAUGAAUUUGUCCACAACAAAAGCCUUGACUACUUUCUAUUCGACCCGGAAAAGCAAAGUCAGCUAGACUGGACCCGGCGAUACAAGAUCAUUGGAGGAAUUGCUCGAGGGAUUCUAUAUCUUCAUCAAGAUUCACGGCUCAAAAUCAUACAUCGUGACCUCAAAGCCAGCAACAUUCUCUUAGAUGCGGAUAUGAACCCGAAAAUUGCAGAUUUUGGAUUGGCAACUAUUUUUGGAAUGGACCAAACUCAAGGAAACACCAACAGAAUUGCUGGAACCUACGCUUACAUGUCUCCUGAGUAUGCGAUGCAUGGUCAAUAUUCCAUGAAAUCUGACAUUUACAGCUUUGGAGUGUUAGUUCUUGAGAUUAUAAGCGGCAAGAAAAACAGCGGCGUCUACCAGAUGGAUGAAACUAGUACUGCAGGAAACUUGGUCACUUAUGCUUCAAGGCUUUGGAUGAACAAGUCACCAUUAGAGCUGGUGGAUCCAACCUUUGGAAGGAAUUAUCAAAGUAAUGAAGUCACUAGAUGCAUCCAUAUCGCGCUCUUAUGUGUUCAAGAAAAUCCAGAAGACCGUCCAAUGUUAUCAACAAUCAUCUUAAUGCUCACUAGCAACACAAUCACUCUACCUGUGCCUCGCCUACCGGGAUUUUUCCCACGAAGCAGGCAACUGGAACUGGUAUCCGAGGGACCAGAGUCUGAUCAGUCUACAAGCAAAUCUUUUCCUCUUUUAGUUCGUAAAAAGUGAUGUGGUUGAAACACAUAACAAUGGUCAGAUGACGUUUGAUAUUUUUUAUUUACGGACAUAAGAAACAUAGUAAGUUUAUCUGUAAUUGUAUGUUGUACACUGUAAAAUGCUUAUGGCCAGUUCUGUAAUAAUCGUUUCUUUUUUA